UCCCGCAGGCCGCGCGGGCGCUGGCUCAGUCUCGCGCCGUCGUUCGUCCGCCCUGUGCCGAGCGGCUCGGCGCCUUACGCUCUACGCCGUCCCCGCAGUCCCGGCCCGGCUGACCCCGGCCACGCAACUUCGCGACCAUGUCCAAGCUGGCGAAGCUCGGGCGCGAGGAGAUUAUGGAGUGCCAGGUGAUGUGGGAGCCUGACAGCAAGAAGGACACGCUGAUGGACCGCUUCCGGGCGGCCGUGGGUGCCGCCUGCGGCCUGGCGCUGGGGAAUUAUGAUGACUUGUACCACUGGUCUGUACGGUCAUAUUCAGACUUCUGGGCUGAGUUCUGGAAGUUCAGUGGGAUAGUCCACUCACGAAUGUAUGAUGAGGUCGUGGACAUAUCCAGAGGAAUUGCAGAUGUCCCUGAGUGGUUCAGAGGCAGCCGCCUCAACUAUGCAGAGAACCUCCUACGGCACAAGGAGAAUGACAAAGUCGCUCUUUACGUGGCCCGGGAAGGCAGAGAGGAGAUUGUGAAGGUGACCUUUGGAGAGCUGCGGCAGCAGGUGGCUCUGUUUGCAGCCGCCAUGAGGAAGAUGGGCGUGAAGAAGGGGGACCGUGUGGUUGGUUAUCUACCCAACAGCGCACAUGCCGUGGAGGCCAUGCUGGCCGCUGCCAGUAUUGGUGCCAUUUGGAGUUCCACGUCGCCAGACUUUGGUGUGAAUGGUGUUCUGGACCGGUUUUCUCAAAUUCAGCCAAAGCUUAUCUUCUCCGUGGAGGCUGUUAUCUACAAUGGCAAGGAGCACGGCCACCUGGAGAAGCUGCAGCGAGUUGUAAAAGGACUGCCUGACCUGCAGAGAGUGGUGCUGAUCCCCUAUGUCCUCCCAAGGGAGAAGAUAGACAUUUCCAAGAUCCCCAACAGCAUGUUCCUGGAUGACUUCCUGGCAAGCGGGACAGGCGCGCAGGCACCGCAGCUGGAGUUCGAACAGCUGCCCUUUAGCCACCCUCUGUUCAUCAUGUUCUCCUCGGGCACGACAGGGGCACCCAAGUGCAUGGUGCACUCUGCCGGGGGCACCCUCAUCCAGCACCUGAAGGAGCACAUGCUACACGGCAACAUGAUGAGCAGCGACAUUCUGCUCUACUACACCACGGUCGGUUGGAUGAUGUGGAACUGGAUGGUGUCAGCCCUGGCCACAGGAGCAUCCUUGGUCCUGUACGAUGGCUCCCCACUGGUUCCGACACCCAAUGUGUUGUGGGACCUUGUGGACAGGAUAGGCAUCACCAUCCUGGGAACCGGAGCCAAGUGGCUGUCAGUGUUGGAGGAGAAAGACAUGAAGCCAGUGGAAACUCAUAACCUCCACACACUCCACACGAUCCUGUCUACUGGCUCACCACUGAAAGCCCAGAGCUAUGAGUAUGUGUAUAGAUGCAUCAAAAGCAGUGUGCUCCUUGGCUCCAUCUCAGGCGGCACUGACAUCAUCUCCUGUUUCAUGGGCCAGAACUCAUCCAUCCCGGUGUACAAGGGUGAGAUUCAAGCCCGCAACCUUGGCAUGGCCGUGGAAGCCUGGAACGAGGAAGGGAAGGCCGUCUGGGGAGAGAGCGGCGAGCUGGUGUGCACCAAGCCCAUCCCCUGCCAGCCCACACACUUCUGGAACGACGAGAAUGGCAGCAAGUACAGGAAGGCUUACUUCUCCAAAUUCCCGGGUGUCUGGGCACAUGGCGACUACUGCAGGAUCAACCCUAAGACAGGAGGCAUCGUCAUGCUGGGCCGGAGUGAUGGCACCCUCAACCCCAACGGAGUGCGCUUCGGCAGCUCGGAGAUCUACAACAUUGUGGAAGCCUUUGACGAGGUGGAGGACAGCCUGUGUGUCCCCCAGUACAACAGGGAUGGCGAGGAGCGGGUGGUCCUGUUUCUGAAGAUGGUGUCUGGGCACACCUUCCAGCCUGACCUCGUGAAGCGCAUCCGUGAUGCCAUCCGCCUUGGUCUGUCUGCUCGCCACGUGCCCAGCCUCAUCCUGGAGACUCGAGGCAUUCCAUACACACUCAACGGCAAGAAGGUGGAGGUGGCUGUGAAGCAGGUGAUGGCUGGAAGGGCUGUGGAGCACCGGGGUGCCUUCUCCAACCCUGAGACCCUGGACUUUUACCGGAACAUCCCUGAGCUGCAGGACUUCUGAGUCAAUGGCUCACACACCAUCCAGCCGUGCAUGUGAUGGAACUUAGGAUCACUUCAGAGACAGCUGCUGCUCCAGAUGGCCCUGGGCACUGCACAUUCCGCGGGCUCGGAAAUAGCAUUCCUGUUUCGAAGUCAUUGGUGGGGACCAGGUCUCCCAUGCUCCAGGAUGUGCCUGGCCUUCAGAGACCAGGAGGGUACAUUGAGGCUCGUCUCAGCCCUGCUGCUGUAGGUCGGCACACAGCCUUGCAGGUGCGGGGCUGGUGGCGUUUGGUAACAGCACACCGGAGGAGCGAUGUGGCCUUCAGCCUCAUGAGUCCACUGUCCCAUCUUGCUCUAUGAAGGUGAAAUCAUACUUAUACUCCCUGUCCUUCACUGGCCUGGCUCCCUCAGCCAUUCUGUCCUCUCCAGAGCUGACUGAAGCCAGGGCAUCUGGCCCAGCAUGCCUGUCAUCUCACAGAUGGCUGUUGGGACCCCUGGGCUGACGGCUCAUGUACUGUCUACCAUGGGAAUUGUGAGCGACACUCCAGCCACGAGCUCUCUGCUGUGGCCAGUCCCCUCUGCUGCAGGGUUCUCGCCCCUCUCUGGGUCUUAACACAGUGUUGGAACAGGUCAAAUCUUUUAAAGUUAAUUGAGGUGUCUGGAGGCACUUGAACCCCUGGGUGUCAUCUGUGCCACCACUUACAUGCGUCCUAGGAUCCCGGAGUCCUUCGGGGAUGGAGCUGCCUGGCCUCAGAGGGAAAUGGCCUCCGGCUCCCUCCUAGUAGUUCCUAGGCUCUUCGGUUGUGACUGUCCUCUGCACUUUGGUCGUCAGGACUCGGCGGUGCUUCUCAUCUAGUGUGCGGAGUAUGUCACAAAUCCUGCUGAUCAUUUUGUAUUUUUUUUUUAAAACUGAGCACAAUGUAAAACCUAUGGAAAUAUCCUGGAUUUUAAGUCUAUAAGGGAAAAGUGCUAUGAAGAAUUUUAUGGAAUAAACUUGUGCCAUGCACACCUGUA